AUGACUGGUCAGUUGAUGUACCGAAUAAACAUCGUAGUUCACCGAUAAUAGCCGAAGUCGUAAGGUGGCGAACGGAACUAUUGACGCGAGCGAGACAGAAACUCGAGCGUGUGCUAUGGUGAAGCGACGUCAUUGUCGUCGAGAGUACGUGCGAAAGAAAAUCGUAUGACUUUUAAGACGCUGACGGUCCGUUCCCGUUGGAGUGAUUGUUUGCUUAAUAAAUCGUGGUGUUAAACAAGUGCUGUGUUCCAUCUUUUCGCACGUGAACGCGCGACAAAUGGAAGAGGUGCCGUACAAUUCGCGAAUUAAAAAACUAAUACGUAUACUCUUUCGUAGUAGCAAGUAGUGCGAUUAUUACGUAUGUGUGCCGGCGUCUAGAAUAUACGUUUUCGGUAUCGCGUAAUCUGUGUUCUCAUCAUAAUCACGACCUAUUGGCUCGAAUACAGGAAGCAUUAGCAUUGUUUGUGUUUUCACGCUUGUUACCGUGCACAUUGAGAGUAGCCAUGCAAGAAGGGGAUAAAUCGGUAACAAGCGGGCGGCGGCCAUUUUCCAGAUGAGUUUUUCCCCUUUCUUUCAAUAAGCAAAGUGCGCUAUGUCAUGAAAGAGAAAGAAAGAGAAAGGUAGCUAGAUAGGGGAAAAGAAAGACAGACUCGAAGAAAUAAGAGGAAAGACGGUGCCCUAUUAUGCGACGCGAGGUACGUUGAAUAAUUAGGGCACUUGGUGAUUGCCCACGAAAAUUCAGAAACGCGGUAGCUUGUGCCGUUUCAUGUUGAUGAACGUUUAACCUUGUAUUGGCCGGUGCGAAGAAGAUAGAAUUAUCUAGGGAAGUAACGAAGAACAGUGCGAGCAAGCGAGAGCCAACGAAUGUUCAACCAAGAGAGAGGGAGAAGGAGAAUGUGUGCGUGCAUGUACAUAUGUGUUUAAUGAAGUGUUAUAUCAUCCGCUAGUUCUAUGUAAACAUCUUCCAUUUAUAAAGAAACUUUUUAAAUAUAAUUGCAAGUAUGUAAUCGCACUAUUGUUCAUACAUAUUUGAUACUCUAUGAUCAAGACAGUGUUGUGAGAGCUAUAAUAAAACAGGUGUCUUCUCAUUGGUGCAGUACGUUUUGACGAAGAUAAAAGUUUAUUUAUCGGAUACGAAGAGUUCAUGAAAAGUGCAUUGAGGGUGCAUAUUCCUGCCAAAGACAUCUGUGAUGUGACAUAAUUGAACAAGUUGGAUAUCAGUGUAAUAAUGUAGUGCCAACUUUGCAGAUGGAUAAACAGGGAUGACUGAUAAUUGUUGGAACUCUGGUGGUGGCGCUGGCGUCAAGAUGGAGCACUUUCAGGCCACCCUGGACCCAAGGAAGCAGGAGUUAUUGGAGGCCCGCUUUCUCGGAGCAAGGAUGUCUGCUGGGUCACAAAUUCAGAUGGCACCCCAAUCAACUGUAAACUCUGGUCAGUCGGUUCAUAGUCAAGAUUCGAACAUGAGCACUGGCUCAUCGCAUAGUGAUAAGGAGGUAGACCCAAAUACUCCGGAAAAGGUACCAAGGACUCCUUCGGAAAGAAAAAGAAAGCGUAAAGCUGAUGAUGGAGGUGGAGGAGUUACAGGGGGACCUGUAGGGAGUAAGGGGUCUAGAUCCGUUGCUGCCCUCGAGAAUAAAAAAAUCAAUGAGUAUUUUCCAAAGCAUCAUUUGGGUAAUAGCCCUAUUCGGCAUGGUGGUGCUAAAAGUCCCUCCCCUCAACAGGGUUACCCUAUGUAUCCACCAUCGCCUCAACAACUCCUCUCACCGCAAGUUACAACACCCAAUUCGUCAGUGGCAGAAUUUUCUUCACUGAUGCAGCCACCAAGACCUCAUCCUCAACCACUACCUCCUCCUCCACCAGCCUCGACACAACCUGCAGGCUCGAUGGUCAGCAAGCAGGUGCAGGUAAGGCCUACCAACCUCAGUAGGACAAGCCAGGUCAGGCAAGCGAAGACUAACACCCCAAAUACAGAACUUACUUGCCAGAGGAUACAGGAAUUCGAAACACAAGCUACUUCAGAUUUAGAAUUACGUAACAAUAAAAUUGAAGAAUUAAAUAGAACAACGGAUGAACUUAAGCAUCAAGUGGCUAAUCAACAAAAAGUUAUUGAGCAGCACAAAUCCCAUAUAAAUAAGUGUAUAGACGUUGUAAAGAAAUUACUGAAAGAAAAAUCAAAUAUAGAAAAAAAGGAGGCUAGGCAAAAGUGUAUGCAAAAUAGACUGAGAUUGGGUCAAUUCGUGACUCAGAGGGUGGGUGCAACAUUUCAAGAAAAUUGGACGGAUGGUUAUGCGUUUCAAGAAUUAGCACGACGGCAAGAAGAAAUUGCGACUGAAAGAGAAGAAAUUGACAAGCAAAAAAAGUUGCUUUUCAAAAAGAAGCCAUCGAAUAGUGAAACUAGUAGAAAACGUAGUCAGCCACAACCAUCCUUACACAAUGGCACAGAAGCUACAUUCUUAAAACCAGAUGCAGUACCUGGAUCUUACACAUGGCAGGAGUAUUAUGAAGCUGAUGAAAUACUCAAGUUAAGACAAAGCGCGUUGAAAAAAGAAGAUGCAGAUCUGCAACUAGAAAUGGAAAAACUCGAGAGAGAAAGAAACUUACACAUCAGAGAGUUGAAACGUAUUCAUAACGAGGACCAAUCGAGAUUCAACGCACAUCCUGUGUUGAACGAACGUUACCUUCUAUUAAUGUUAUUAGGGAAAGGUGGCUUCAGUGAAGUGCAUAAGGCAUUUGACUUAAAGGAGCAACGGUACGUUGCGUGUAAAGUGCAUCAACUGAAUAAAGACUGGAAAGAGGACAAGAAAGCUAAUUAUAUUAAACAUGCGUUACGAGAAUACAAUAUUCAUAAAGCUCUUGAUCAUCCUCGCGUUGUGAAGUUGUAUGAUGUGUUUGAAAUUGAUGCCAAUUCCUUUUGUACUGUCUUGGAAUAUUGUGAUGGCCAUGAUUUAGAUUUUUACCUCAAGCAGCAUAAAACUAUACCUGAAAGAGAAGCAAGAUCUAUAGUUAUGCAAGUUGUGUCUGCAUUAAAAUACCUCAAUGAAAUAAAGCCCCCAGUCAUACAUUACGAUUUAAAACCAGGUAAUAUAUUAUUAACUGAAGGCAAUGUUUGUGGAGAGAUAAAAAUUACAGACUUUGGAUUAAGUAAAGUAAUGGACGAAGAAAACUACAAUCCAGACCAUGGAAUGGAUUUAACGUCUCAAGGUGCUGGUACCUACUGGUACCUUCCACCAGAGUGUUUCGUCAUAGGUAAAAAUCCUCCAAAAAUAUCGUCGAAAGUUGAUGUAUGGAGUGUGGGUGUUAUAUUCUACCAAUGUCUAUAUGGUAAAAAGCCUUUUGGACAUAAUCAAUCUCAAGCUACAAUUUUAGAAGAAAACACAAUUUUGAAAGCUACGGAAGUUCAAUUUGCAAAUAAACCAACGGUUAGCAACGAAGCAAAGAGUUUCAUAAGAAGUUGCCUAGCGUAUAGGAAAGAAGAACGUAUAGAUGUAUUGACAUUAGCUAAACACGAAUAUCUUCAACCUCCAGUGCCAAAGCAUGGCCGUCAAGCGAAUAAUCAGCAGCAACAACAACAACAACAGAUUCAACAACAGCAACAAACCUCAUUUAGCAUUGGCAUGUUUAGUGGUAUGAACGCGUCAAGCAGUUCGUAGUGGAAAGGAACUAAAGACAAAAUCUUUGAUAUGCUAAUACAUGCCAAAUCUUGAACACUGAAUUGCACACCAUCUCAUCUUAGGAAAAUAGCAACUGCUAUAAUGAACUGUAAAUACUAAAAACCCGGAUAGUAUCACCAUCACCAAUACCACGAUUACCACUACCACUCCACUACCACUAUCACCACCACCUCCACCACUUCUACAACUAUACUUACAGGCCGACUAUAUAAAAUAUUGCGAGAGAUGCGAGACUGGUCGCCGCAAGUCCAGGAGCUUGCGUCUUUCUACAAGACAAGCUACAUUAUUCAGCAUGACAAAAAAAUGUUGUGUUCGUAAAUAUUCAAUUGUAUUAUCGUUCCUUGUAUCAAACAGUGAGCUGACUUGAUAAUAGUGUUUAAAAAGAAAUAAGAGAAACAGAAAAACAUGUGAUAAGUCAUUGUGAAUUGAAGUGAAGUUCAAAUUAAGAAGAAAAGGAAACAAAGGAGUACGGCAACAGGAAUCAUUGGAAGUGAAUUACUCGGUGAACAAAGAGAGCAACGGAAGAUUAAAUAUCCGAAGCAAAGCGCGUCAAAGCAGUUAGAGGGACUUUGCUUUCGCGGAGACGUUCCUCUCUUCUGAAGUUACGUAUGAAUGAAUGAAUGUGACGAAAGAUUGUUAAAACUAGCGUGCGUGUAUAUAUUUAUACUAUAUAUAUAUACUAAUAAAUUCGAUAUAAUAUAUAUAUAUGGUGUAAAGAACAGGACAGCAUUGACAGUGGAAAGAUAACUGUGGUGGAUCCUCGCAUGACCUCCGUGUAGCCAAGUAUUCCAUGAAUAUUUGACUGCACAUCAUGUUACUUUAUUCAAAUAUUAACAUUAUUACUUAUAUCAUGACUAAUAACGAUUAACAUACACGAGGAGAUUUGGUUGGUUGUUCCUAUUCUGAAACGAGUGGGCUUUAUCUAUACUGGAUUGAUUGAUCUAAGGUUUGAAUGUAAAGAACGUAAAAGAAUCACGAUGCUCCCAAAUGAAAAAGAAACUUAUAGAAUCGUAGUCCACUGCUUAUUAUAUGCCCUGUGCACGUGUACAUCUUUACUCCAGAAUUUCCUGAUAGAGUGGCUCCUUUUUUUUUCUUUUUCGAGAGUGGACUUCGGCGCAUUGAUUAUGAUCUUACAUUUUCGUGAUAUAUAUCAAUUUGUAUAAUCAGGCGUUUACAAAAUUUUAAGGUAAAAGUCAUAAUACUGUACCGACCUGAUUAUUAUUUCUUUAUUCAUAAUUUGUGUUAUAUAUGUACGUUAUAUAUAGAUAAUUAUGGAAUAGAAGACUAAGUUAUUUUAUCAAGUGCCCUUGCUUUGUAUUAUAGUCGCGUCUGUCGACAAACUGCAGCUUUUGGGAGUAAUAGAGAGUUGUUAAAAUGUUGUAAGUUGUUGGUACAAUGUGGGCACGGUAUUGAUGAAUUCAGUACCAACGUGAUUGGCAAAGUAUGAUCGGAGGAGAAUACAUUACAAGUCUGAACAGAGUCUACUACUAGAUACAUCGCUUCUAUUCUAAAAGCCAACCGUUCCUGCUUCCCUCUCCUAUUUCUCUUAUUUUUUAAAUUAAUCCGCGUCUCGAGAAAACGUAUACUUUUUGACCCCUCUAUGAGGAAGUGCUUUUUGUAAACUAAAUUGAGAGAUAUGCUAGUCAGAGCUCUAGUUUGUUCAUUUCAUUUUAAUAUAAACAUUUAUUUAUUAAUUGCUUUUUUGUACACUUAAGCAUUCAUUGCAACUGAGCAAAGAUCUUAUUGAUUUUAGUUUGCGUAAAAGGUUUGUUUUAUAAUAACCAUUAAAAUUUAUUUAUGAUAUUUACGUCUAUUUUGUCGUAGUUGAAAGUGACUGUUAUCCAUACUACUUUUGGAUGAAAAAAGUAAGUAUACCUUGGUUAGUAAAUUUUACGAAAGCCACUUCUUUUAGAUAAAAAAGUAUCGUUUUUAGAUGACGAGGGUCAACACGUUAGAAAAUUAAAUCAUUCAACAAGGAAAGAAAAGUUAAAACAAUGGAAAAAUCAUUUAACAAGCAUUUAUUCCAUAAAAUCUCAUCUGAGGUUAUUUGUAACAAUAAAAGAAAUAAUGAAACUACAUCAAGUAGUAUUUAUAUGUUUUGCGAUACAAACAAUUUUGCAUUUGUGUAUAAUGAAAAUCCCUUGAAAACGUAUCGUUAAUAAAACUAUCAAGUGCAUGCAUCGGAAACAAAUUUUUAAUUCACAGAGGAUUCAUUGCACAGAGAUCCUGAUAAUUGUCCAAUUUUUAAAGGGUUUGGGUUUUCUUAUAUGAGCCAAAAGUAUUACAUAAUAAUAUUUUCAGCCUCUGCGUGUACUUAUAAUUGUGCGCGAUAGAGUUCGGAAUAUUAUUAUGCAUGUCGACAGAGAAAAGUCAUUCGAAGAAUUAGGGAGUUACAUUUUGAACAAACAAUACAUUUUUUUUAUUGCCCCUGCGUAUCAGCAUAGUCACGAUCUUCCUCAUAAACAUCAGGAAUUGCGUCGAGGAUGGUGUAUGAAACGUUAUAGCAAUAAAUUUACGUAUUUGUGUAUAAUUUAAAGUUAGUAAACUUAUUAAUUAAAUAUAAA